AGUAUUUUGGAAUCCAUCUCUUGUGCUUAUAAAUCUAUGUUUUCCCUGAAAACAUAAGCCUUACACCUUUGUCCUCUCAGGAACUCCCACAGUCCUACUCUUUUUCAAAUUUCCUAAAUUUCCUCCAAAAGAUCUUUGCGACUUUUUCUUCAUAUUAAUGAAUACUUUUCACCUCUUUUAUGUCCAGUCUUGUCUAUGUUCGUGAUGAGCGUAUCUUCCUCAGUGUGGUUGCCCUACAAGUUCUUAUUUACCUUCUUAUACUUGAGCUUCUGGUUUUGUCCUCAGUCAACACUUCAAUUGUCUGUUUCUACCCUGUUUUUAUUUUUCUGCACAUACUCUUUCUUACCUCACUUGAAUGAACUGAACCGAUCCCCACAAAAUCAAAUUCCAAAUUAUUAUCAAUGGGAUGAAGCCAUGAUGAGCAAAGAAUUAAAGCAAGUUUUGGUCCCUGGUGCACUGAUCAUUGGUGCUGGGCCUUCAGGUCUUGCUGUAGCUGCAUGCCUUAAAAAAAGAGGAGUACCCUCGUUGAUCCUGGAGAAGGAGAACUGUAUGGCCUCCUUAUGGAAUCUGAAGACAUACGACCGUCUAACACUCCACCUCCCAAAGAAGUUCUGUGAACUUCCUUACAUGAAAUUUCCUUCAGAAUUUCCAGCUUACCCGACAAAGCAGCAGUUUAUAAGUUACUUGGAGGAUUAUGCUAAAAGCUUCUCAAUUGAGCCCAUGUUUGGACAGGAGGUUCGAUGGACUGAGUAUGAUAGAAGCAUGAGACUGUGGCAGGUAGAAGCCAAAGAGUCCAAGUUUCUGUGCCGGUGGAUCAUUGUGGCUACUGGUGAGAAUGCGGAACCAGUGGUACCAGAGAUUGCGGGCAUCUCGAAUUUUGGAGGAAGAUUGCUGCACACUAGCAUAUACAAGAAUGGAGCUGAUUUCAAAGGAAGUAAGGUUUUGGUUGUGGGUUGUGGCAACUCUGGCAUGGAAGUUAGUUUGGAUCUAUGUAAUAGUGGUGCUCAAGUUUCUUUAGUAGUGAGAGAUAAGUUGCAUGUUUUGCCCAGAGAAAUAUUUGGAAUCUCCACCUUUGCUCUGUCCAUGUGGCUGCUAAAAUGGUUUCCAGUAAGCUUAGUUGAUGGGUUGAUCCUCCUCUGUUCACGGCUGAUCCUUGGAGACACAAGCCAAAUUGGGAUCAAAAGACCAGAAUUCGGUCCCCUUCACCUGAAGAAUGCUACAGGAAAGACCCCAGUAUUGGAUGUCGGUGCUGUAGCUAAAAUCAGGUCUAGUGAGGUGAAGGUGGUUUGUGGCAUUCGAAGAUUCACAGCCAAAGGUGUAGAAUUUGUGAAUGGAGAAGUACAGGAGUUCGACUCAGUAAUCCUAGCGACAGGUUAUAGAAGCAACGUUGCCUCAUGGCUCAAGGAGGGCAACUUCUUCAGCCAGAAAGACGGUUAUCCCAAAAAUCCAUUCCCAAACAAUUGGAAAGGCGAGGAUGGCGCAUAUAGCGUUGGCUUCACCAGGCGAGGCUUGUAUGGGGCUUCAAUUGAUGCUCAGAGAGUAGCAGAAGAUAUUGCAAGGCAAUGGAAAUCCCAAAUGAAGCAUUUGCCUCUUGACUUAUAGGCCAAUUUGUACAAGUAGUUAUGAAGAGAAGAGAAUACAAAUUAGGCGUUUGAUUCCUGAUCAGUUUACUUUCAGUAGUGUAAUGUACUAAUUAAACCUGUUCCAAAGGAUGAGAAACUGAUACACUUAGGAGAUAGUAGCUAAGAGGGCUUUGAUCAUUAGUUUGUUUUCUGCAGGAAGAGCUACUACAGUCAGAGUGUUAGGCUCACUAGCUCUCUUGUAUUUCUUUCCCCUAGUGACAUGGAGUAUGGUAAUUUAGUCAAAACCUAUAUACACAGUUGUUCAUGCUACAUCUUA